AUGGCGCCGGCAGAACACCCCUUGCUGUGUGGCCAUGUGCUCUGCACACCUGCAUCAGAGGCUUCGGGUCACAAAGAGGGAGAAUUCUCUGGCAGAUCGAUCGUCGAUCGGUGUCCGCAGCACCACGACGACGAGGAUGAGCUUCCCAUUCAGCUGUUCUUUGAUCUGAUUAUUGGCACUAGUAGCGGCGGCAUUAUUGCGCUAGGUUUGGGUGCCAAUGGUUGGAAUGUUCACAUGUGCAUGAGGACGUUUGAGAAGCUAUGCAAGCAAGCGUUUACCAAACGAAAGGGCAUUGGUAUUCCCUGGGUUGAGCAUUUUGUGACCGUCACGAACGACAGCCGCUACGAGACUGCUCCGAUCGAAAAGGCGCUCAAAUCGGCAUUUGGUGAGGACCAGGAUUUGUUUGCUGGAUCGAGGGAAGAACCACCAGAGCUGUCAAUGCUUGAGCGGAGGGCAUUGGUUGCAGUAGUCACGACAACGUUACAGAAGAGACAGGAGCUGCGAGCUAUCACUAUCAUCGUUCAGAAAAGCCGGACAACGAAGUGAAGACAUGGGAGGCCGCCCGAGCGACUUCGGCCGCGCCUUUGUUCUUUAAGCCAUACGUGCAUCAACCGUCUGGCCAGAUAUAUCAAGACGGCUGUCUUUACCACAACAAC